UCCCAGUAAAGGCCAGGUCUGCCUCGGGCCAGCCGUAAUUUGACUAAUCCACCGAGAGGGUAGCCAGACGUGCUGAGGGGUUCUGAAGGGAGGCUGAACAGCUUUUGAAGAGAUGGAGACUUUUGUAUUUUUAUUUUCAUUAUCUGCCCUCGGCAUUCUCUAUGCCAUGAACAGCAUUCCUGCAUUUCAAGAGCCUUAUGUGAUCUUGGGGAUUGGCGUUGCUGUGUUGGUGGUUGUGUUUCUUUUCUACUUCCUCAUCACGCGUGGCAACCCCCCUAAAGAUGCCUUAUUCUUUGUUUUCGCUGUAUUUUCCUUUACUUGUGUCAUUGACCUGGUGAGUGCCUUGGAAUAUGACGGCAUCAUCUCCGGCUUUAUGACAUUCUACCAAACGACAGGAGAGCCUUACCUGGGGACACCUUAUGCCAUCAUGAUGUGUUACUGGGAUGGAAUAGUGCACUUUGUCAUGUAUCUGAUGAUGAUCGGCAGGAUAACAGACAGGAAAGGCUACCGAACCCUGGGUUUGAUCUGGGCUGGCUCUCUGUGUGCCAACAUGAGUGUGUUCAUUGCCGGUAUAGUGGCAGGUAAAUAUGGGUCAGAGAUCCGUCCAGUUUUCUGGAUCAACUUUCUUUUCCUCCUGAUGCCUGUGUGGGGAGCCAUUACACUAUUCACACGGCCCAAGGACAGACCACUAAUUGGUGGAUACAAUGCCCAGCAGGCUCAGAGCAUGAAGCUGAUCUGGCGUCCCACAGAUAUGAUCCUGGUGGUGCUCCUGAUCACUGCAAUGGCCUUCACCGUCCUCAGAGGCCUGGCAGCACUGGGCUCUCCACUUGAAGCCUGUUCCAGUUACGUGAAGCACUAUGAACCCUACCUGAAGGACCCUGUGGGCUACCCCAAAGUGAUGAUGCUACACUUGUUCUUCUAUGGACUACCUCUGUUGGGUGCUUUUGUUUACGGUCUCCUCAAGCCUGGGUGCACAUGGAUGUCAGACUGGACUUUGUUUUUAGCAGGAGCCAUGAUCCAGUGCCAGUGGGCUCACAUCGGGGGGUCUCUCCACCCUCGUACAGCAGCUCAAUUUCGUAUCCCAAAUGAGGUUUUCUGGUCUGUGCUGGUAGCUAACCUACUUUAUGCAGUCACUCCCAUCCUGGUGGCCUUGAGGGUUCGCAAUAACCCUUACUUUUUCCUGAAGAUCGCACCCUUUCCUGGGCAGACCGGAUUGCCAAACAGUGAGGAAAAAGAUACCAAGUUCAAAGACAAAUAGAUAUUCCUAAUCUUAUCUGACCUUUGGAGUUAAUUACCUAUGUGAUUAUUCAUUAAGAAUUGUUUUAUUUCAAAUGCCACAAUACAAGAUUAUUUUGCUCAAAAUAUUUGGGUUUUGUUUUCAAUUGAAUUGCUUGAUUAUAACACUUGGAUUCCUUAUGUCAUACAUCAACACUGAAACAGCUUAUUGGUCAGUAAAGAAGGUUUUAUGUAGCGUCCUAAACUCACACAAUGAUCACGGUAAAUCUUAUACAAGUGCUGUAAAUCAGCGUGAUAGCAUUGUCCUUGUUAGCAUGUUAGCACUGCUAUAAGAAAAGCCUCACAGAGUAGCCAGUAGCACACUUAGUCUUGUUUGUUUUACUUCCAGCAAAUCAGAGAGAAAUAGGAGAUGGAACAGCAUCUCGUCUGUUAUUAAACCCUUGUACAACCUCAAGGACUCUAAGAAACAGCAAAUAGCCUGUUGAUGGUUGCAAACACCAUACUGUUGAAGAUUUAGACGUUGUAUGUUGGAUGGGACCUUCAAAAAGUCAACAGAAACAUCAAGACCAUUGAAAAUAUAUAAAAUAUAUAUAUACAGCAGCAUAUGAUGAACGAAAAUCUAAAACUGUGCACACAUAGUACAAGACUAAUACAAGUAAUAUAAAAGCCAAUGGCAGGAAUUGUAUUUCCAAGGUUAGUGCUCAAUGUUCUGUAUAUUAUGUAGUAAUACGAUGAGUAUAAAUCAGGUGCCUCAGUUUUUGCACUCUUUGCAAGUAAAGCUGUUCUUUUCCAAUACAUAUUUAACACAUCUAACCCGACAUUGGACCAAUUUCAUUGCAUGAUUUAUAAUUUAGACCUUUUCUCAGAGACACUGUGCACACAAGCUAAGUUUCCUUUUAUACACUUGUUCCUACACCUCAGCUCUAUUCAGUUCCACGAUAACACAAACAAAUUGCACAUUGUUGAGUUUGUACUUUGGCACUGGGUGGCUAUACUUUAUGAUAUACAGCCAUGAAGGUAACAGAAUAAAACCCACAGCCUGAACGGUACCAGAGGAGCUUUUACGACAUGAACUUCAGGGGAGCUGAUGAAAGAACUGCAAAGCAUCCUUUGUGCGUUCAACCCAAAAGGAAAGCAUGUUUGCUUUGCUGAAGUUUGUGAGCAUUAAAAAUGAGAAGUUGGAUGUGACUCUUUCUGUUACCUGCGCUGAAAUACUUCAACACAAAAUGACAUGAUUUCUAAGCAAACUGUAACUGUAAAAGUCUAGGAAAAGAGUGCAUUCUUCCAUGUAUCAAUGUAUUAACCAGUAAUAGCCUGCUGACUUGGACAGUACUGACAUGUUUCCUGUUCACCAUGCAUCAUCAUACUCCAAGUUUACUUACUAGUUUUCUUACAAGGACACUUCGAGUAAUGUUGUUGGCCCUUCACUGUGAGUUUGGAGGGUUUGCCAUGUUGUUUGGUGUGGAGAAAUGAUCAAAAUGUGUUUAUUGUUUAUGUUGUGGAUAUAUUGCAGAAUGUCAGCCCACACACGCGUGAAAUAGACAUGAUGGGUUUGAGUAGGUAGGAGGGGGACUUGAUAAAUCCACAAAAUGCUUGUUAGUUCUUACUGGAGCCGGUACAGAUCAUUACUCAUAGCUGAGUGGCAAGGAUGUGCCAACAUGUGCCGCAGAAGGUAAUGUACACUUCAACAGCGGCUCUUGUCACUCACUCACUUACUCACUCUGUUGAACACAUUGCCGCUGUCUGCUGCCAGCCUAUCUCAGCUUUAAAAAGACAGCUUUACUUUCUCUAAGUGGGAAAAUAAGAUGUGCCUCUGCCAUUCUGCAUUCUGUGUGAUCGUAUGUGCCUAAAUUGUGUUUCAUCCCUUUCUCGUUUUAAAUUCCUUUAUCUAGUUUGUUUCUUUUCUGUUGAGUGAGGCUGCUUUAUGCUCGCUCUGUGUGGGUGGCCCAGUAAAAGAGACUGCUGUGGCUCUCAUCAUUGUCUUUCACAAAGACAUCAAAUGAUUGAGGUUUUUGUUUACAUAAACAAACACAUUGAAACAACCACAAGGCUUUUUGUACAAAGUUUUAGAAACCCUUUAUAAAACAGACAAUGGAUAAAUCCUCUUUCUGAAAAUGUUCAAUUGAAUGAAUGUCUUUUAAGUCAGUAUCUACAGCUGAAUGAGGAAACACAAUGGUGAGUGAACCUAGGGCCUGCUAAUGAAAGGCUUUAUUUUGCAGUAUUACCAACUGUGGCAACAUUUUCAAGGCAAAACAUUCAAACCACAAACCCACGUGCAAAUAAAUCUUAUCGGCAAUGGUGGUGCCAAAAAACACAAAGAAGAGAUCUUUGAACUUCAACCUUUAACUUACGAUGUAAUAUCAUCAUGUGACUCAUAACAUAUUUUACAGGUUACUACUGGUACUAAACCAA